AUGACUCUCACACCUUCAGUGAAGGCCAGUAAGCUGAGCUCUCUGAUGGAACAGCAGGUCAGCAAGUUUGACUGUGUGUCUGUACCAGAUUUUACAAGCUUGUCUGAAGUCCUUUUGCUGGAUGUUCACUCAGAAGCUGUUCAGGCUGCACUGGAGCGACACAGUGAGAGAAAGAUGGCUGUGCUGUUGCCAUCCAAGCGGCAGUCACUCAUUGGUCAAACCUCCAUGGACACGUACACACCUCCAGACUCGUCCUCCGGCUCUGAUGCUGAGGGGUCUCUGGGGAGGGCGGGAGGUGUCAGCAUGGACUCCUGGAUCAGCAGAGCUCUCCAUGGCUCACCUUCAACAUCAUCGUCAUCAUCGUCACACAGCAACAGCUCUGCUAAUGCAGCCCGACUCGCAGAGACUAACAUGCACUCAUACAGCAGUAAGAACUCAAGCAAAUAUUCACAAGGCAGCGAAUAAACACAGAUACUGUGAAUCACUCAUGUUAUAAAUUUGUCUUUAGGUCACUAUCAAUCAACUCAGAUUUUGCUUUCAAUAUUGCAGUAAGCGAAGGAAAAACAAGCCUCUCACGUUUAAUUCACUUCAUAUGAAAUAAGUAUUUUGGGCCUUUUUUAAACCUCCCUUAUCAAGAUCAUC